AUGACAGCCACUCAACUCGGAGAGCUAUAUGACGAUCUCAUCUGCACGAUGGCCGCCAUACUUCCGCCGACGGACGCCAUCUCGUUCUCUCUAUGCAACAAGCGCCUGCAUUCACUGUCCGAUGCCCGUCUGCGACUUCACCGAGAGUAUUGCGUGAAGUACUCGGUACUCUACAUCAGCAAUAAUCCGAACCCGCCUCCUGGGGUAUGGGCAGUCCACGAUCCCCUCACUGCUCUCUAUCAACUGUUCCUCGAUCCAUGGCGAGCACGUUACGUCCGUCGAGUGCAAUAUGAUAGAAACUACGAUGCUGAUCAUGGUCAUGAAGAGCCCGAUGACGAAAACGAUGCGCUGUUCGAGUUUCUGGGUGAUCCAUGGUACUGGUCCGCCUUCGACCCAGCUUUCGAACGCAAGGUGGCUAGAUACUGGCGUCGUGACAUUGAGAUUAGCUUCAUCUACAACUUUGGGGAUCCUGAGGAAGAGCUCUCGCCACACGAAGAAGAACAGAAGUGCGAGUGCGGCAAGUGUCUGAUCAUGUUGUUGACUCUGCUUCCAAAUCUCGGAACGCUGGAAGUCCUGGGAGAACCUUUCUGGGAUAAAGCUUCGAACCUAUUCCUACACUAUGUGCAAGAGAUGCAGGAAGGAGACGAUACCACUCUACCGCUGGCCAAGCUUCGAACUAUCCUCUACAAGGACGGAAUAUCUAUGGUUUCGAUCCUGCCCUGGGCUGCGCUGCCAUCUGUUCGUCAGCUGUAUGUCGCUCGCCUCGACGAGCAGUAUCCCGACAUGGCCACUCAUGUAUUGGAACACUAUCCACCUAACCUAUCCAUUCUUGGUAUUGCGGAGAGUCGGAUCCAUCCCUCGCUAAUCAAUGCCAUCAUUGACGAAUGUCCCAGUCUCCAGCGGCUCACCUUUGCCGUUCUGGAAGAAGACUGGGUGUUUGGAUGUGGCUGUUCAGUGGAAGACUUCUUCCCCUUCGGCAUCGGCGAGCUAGAGGACGAGGAUGACCCAGACGAUUCAGAUGCAUCCGACGACUCAAUCCGUUCGGACGGUGACGAAGACGCUUACGAUCGACUGGCCGCUCCGCAUAGAGCUGGUCUGGGUCAGACUAGCGAUUCUGGCAGCCGCAUCUCCCUAGGCGAAGGGUAUCCUAGCGCUGGAGAGGACGGCGGCUUCGAUCAUCUCGUCGGUAGAUCGGAUUUAGCAUCACAGUUGCAGGCUCGGAACUUCGUCAUUGAACGGUUCUUGACGACAGACCAGACCACUGACGCCUACGUCUAUGACUUCAAGAAGCACACAAGACACGGCAUUUGCAAGUGGCUCUCUCUACCAUGCGCAAGCGAUUAUGCUCCUGCUGAGAAAGCCGAGAUCUGCACUCGAAGACUGGUAGAAGAGGACGAGGAGGUUUGA